AUGAACCCGAUAUCUCCCGCAGUGUCACACAAACAGCCGUACAUUGAGUCGUCUCCUCCCUCUCACUUUGACUUCACCGCCCCAUCUUUUGCUGUGUUUUUGUCUUGCAUCUCUGCAGUCAUUGUUACCAAAAACUCAUCCACUUUUCUUCCCCCCCCCUCCAUAGAUGUGAAGAAGGAUUGGUCCGACCAUGCUUUGUGGUGGGAGAAGAAGAAGACGUGGCUGUUGAAAACCCAUUGGACGUUGGACAAGUACGGCAUCCAGGCCGACGCCAGGCUGCUGUUCACGCCGCAGCACAAGCUGCUGCGCCUCCAGCUGCCCAACAUGAAGCACAUGAAGGUCAAAGUCAACUUCUCGGACCGUGUCUUCAAGGCCGUGUCCGACAUCUGCAAGACUUUCAAUAUCCGCCACCCAGAGGAGCUCUCUCUACUGCGUAAGCCCCGUGAUCCCAAGAAGAAGAAGAAAAAGCUGGAGGAGGCAGAGGAGGACGAUCUGGAGCUGGAGGGUCCGCUGUUAACCCCUGGAUCAGCCUCUGAGGUAAUAUACAUCGGACCUGUCAAAGGGAGCAUCUACUCCAGUCCAGGCUUGUACAGUAAGACUAUGACCCCCACCUAUGACUCCAGAGACGGCAGCCCACUGUCGCCCACCACCGCCUGGUUUGGGGACAGCCCCCUCUCUGAGGGCAAUCCAAGCAUCCUCGCUGUCAGCCAGCCAAUCUCCUCUCCAGACAUCUUGGUCAAACUCUACAAGCCCCAGUCUCUGCUGGAUAAAGCCAAAAUCAACCAGGGGUGGUUGGACUCAUCCAGGUCUCUGAUGGAGCAGGAUGUAAAGGAGAACGAGGUGCUGCUGCUGAGGUUUAAAUACCACAGUUUCUUUGACCUCAACCCUAAGUAUGAUGCCAUCCGAGUGAACCAGCUCUAUGAACAGUCCAAGUGGGCCAUCCUGCUGGAGGAAAUUGAGUGCACGGAGGAGGAAAUGAUGAUGUUUGCUGCCCUGCAGUACCACAUCAACAAGCUGUCAAUCAUGUCUUCAGACCACCACAUGAAUAACAGUGAGAAGGAGGUGGAUGAGGUGGAUGCAGCCCUGUCAGACCUGGAAAUCACUUUGGAGGGAGGGAAGACGUCCAACACACUGGGUGACAUCACAUCUAUUCCCGAGCUAGCGGACUAUGUCAAAGUCUUUAAACCCAAGAAGCUGACACUGAAGGGCUAUAAGCAGUACUGGUGCACAUUCAAGGAUAUCACAAUUUCCUGUUACAAGAGUAAAGAGGAGGCACAUGGGACACCUGCUCACCAAAUGAAUCUAAGAGGUUGUGAGGUAACUCCAGAUGUUAACAUCUCGGGUCAGAAAUUCAACAUCAAGUUGCUAAUCCCAGUGGCUGAUGGCAUGAAUGAGAUCUGGCUUCGGUGUGACAUGGAGAAACAGUACGCCCACUGGAUGGCUGCAUGUCGCCUGGCCUCCAAAGGGAAGACCAUGGCCGACAGCUCUUACAACCUGGAGGUCCAGAACAUUCUGUCCUUCCUCAAGAUGCAACACAUGAACCCCGACCCUCAGAUCAUUGAGCCAAUCACCAACGAUAUCAACCCAGAAUGCCUGGUGUCCCCGCGCUAUCUGAAGAAGUACAAAAACAAGCAGCCAGGCUCUAUCAGGGACUUGAUUUCAGCCCGGAUCCUGGAAGCCCACCAGAAUGUGGCCCAGAUGAGUCUCAUCGAGGCCAAGAUGCGCUUCAUCCAGGCGUGGCAGUCUCUGCCCGAGUUUGGAAUGACUCAUUUCCUCGCCAAGUUUCAGGGUGGAAAGCGGGAAGAACUAAUGGGCAUCACUUAUAACCGCCUGAUCCGGAUGGAUGCGAGCACCGGAGAUGCUAUCAAGACCUGGCGCUUCAGCAACAUGAAGCAGUGGAAUGUCAACUGGGAGAUCAAGAUGGUGACGGUGGAAUUUGCGGACGAGCCCAGUCUGUCUUUCAUCUGCGCCGAGGUGGACUGUAAGGUGGUCCACGAGUUCAUCGGCGGCUACAUCUUCCUGUCCACGCGUGCCAAGGACCAGAACGAGUCUCUAGACGAGGAGAUGUUCUACAAGCUGACCAGCGGCUGGGUCUGAGCGGCCCCCCCAAACCACCAGGGGCCACUGAUUGUAGGUCAGGCGCCAGGAGGGGAGCGCACCGUGAAUGGGGUUUAUUUUAUCCUACUAUCUUUUUUUCCCCAGUCUGUUUAAUUGUUUGGAGCUGUGCCGAAGAGUCCAGAGCAGCGCUACAAUUACAAUAGCUGACACCAUUUUCAUUGUUAUAGGUUUUUUUUUUUUUUCAUUAAAGCUGAAAAGGUCUUUUGUUACAAAAAAUAUUCUGGUGAAUGCAGUAAAGAUGACCUUAUGGACCUAAACCCCUGUGGUUGAGCAGAAGCCUAACACAAACCUCUGUCCUCCUACGUCGUCCUCUCCUCCUGGACUGAUCACAAUCAACUAACGUCCAUGACAACCAAUCAAACACCAGAUUUAAUCCCAAAGAAUCUUUUCUUCUCUUUCUCUUACUGCUUUUUUUUUUUUUUCUCUCUGGACUAAAGGAGCUGUCACUAAAGCAUCAUAAGCGCCACUGAUACUUCCAGUUAUAUUGAAUUAUUUAUCCUAAAAGACGGACUUCGUCAAAGAGUCCGAUCCAAAUGCUAUCUGUGAUCAGCAGAGGCGCCUGAUCGCAGCACUACGUGUCCAUCCUCUAUCCACUCUAUGAAGGCUUCGGUCUCUUUGAAGUCGCAUGUAAGCACUUCUACAGUAUACAGUCCUGUUAAUGAAUAAGCUGAUGUUGAAUUUCCUUUUGCUUUCGAUGUCCGUUGUCUUUGUUUCAGAGCUCGUCCGGAGCGAUUGUCUCCUCUGUGUCGAGUCUCUCCAGUGUAUUCUCACUGUAUUAGCCGACAGGUGUGACAUUGAGAGUUUUGUUUUGUAUUUAAUAGGCUGCGUAUAGUGAGCAUGUCUGAAAACAACAACACACUACAGUUCAGGGCACCGGGAUGAGUGUCCUGUGGGUUUGAAAAUCUUUUCCAACUGAUUUAAAAGAAAUAAAUGAAUAAAAAAGUCAUCUUAAUAAGUCAUUAGCUCUAGUGUUCAGUGUUUCUAAAGUUUCUUGAAAACCUUUCUGGAUGGUGUGUUGAACGAAGGUAGAUGACUAAUGUUCAUGUGUAUUUCAAAUGUCUCUCAUCCUUGUUUUUAGAACUAUUUGAAGACUUAACGUGAAGCUUUAUGACUUUCCAAGAUGUCCGUUGUUUCCCGACUUUGAGGAAAGGCGUUAUUUCAUCUUCUGACCUGGCCAUUCAAAAAUAAUGUGCCAAAAUGCAUUAACAUUUCGCAAAACACAUUUGUUUAUGGCUGCUGUUCUGACCACAGCUAUAAGUUAAUGAACAUUCUGUCUCUCACACCAUAUAGUAUUAUUAUAAUAAUUUGCAUCAUUACACACCAGCAAAAGGUCACGGAGUUUGAAGAAUGAAUAUGCAACGUUUUUUUUGUCCUUCUGUCCUCAGUGAUCAGUAAAUGAAGUAUUAUUUUUUGUAUCUAAUGUAAAAACACAAAC